AUGGCGGGGUCGAGGCCGGCGCGGGGCGGCGCCGACGAGGGGGCACGGGGAAGGAGGCGGCGUGGGGCGGCCAGCGUUGGGGGCGGCGACGACAAGGGGGCGGGCGCGCGGUGGCUUCGGGCUUGGGGAGGAGAGGCGCGGGCGACCGACGCGUCGGGGGGCGGCGACGAUGUCGAGGGCGUGGGCACGGCGGCGUCGAUCGGGAUCGGGGAGGAGAGACACGCGGGCGGCCGACGAGUCGGGGGCAGCAACGACGUCGAGGGAACGGCCGUGGCGGCGUCGGGCUCAGGGGGCACGGGCGGCUGGCGUCGGGGCGGUGACGACGAGGCGCGGGGGAGGCGACGGCGGCAGCCUGGCGGCGUUGUAGUGGUCGGCGUCGAGAUGAGAAGCAGAGAGCUCUGA